UCUCCCAGGAGCUACGUUUGGUUCUCCUACUGGAUUUGGUGGCGCAAACCCAGGAAGUGGUCUGUCAAAUGCACCAGCAUCCGGUGGUUUUGCUGCUGUUGGUUCUAGUGCCACAGGUGGGUUCGCGGGGAUGGCUUCAGCUGGUAGAGGCUUUGCUGGUGCUUCUUCUACUCCCACUGGUGGCUUCGCGGCCUUAGCCUCAGGUAGUGGAGGCUUUGCUGGUGCUGCUCCAGUAGGAGGAGGCGGUGGAUUUGGUGGACUUGGUUCAGGCUCCGGAGGUUUUGGAGGCUUUGCUCCUCCUAGUAGUGGGGGUUUCGCGGGUGCAGCAGGAGGUGGUGGUUUUGGUGGUUUCGCCGGCCAAGGACAAGGCCAAAGCGGUGGUGGUGGGUUCUCAGCCUUUGGUGGCAACUCAGGGGCAACAGGAAAGCCAUCAGAACUCUUCACACAGAUGAGAAAGUGAAACCAAUAUAUUCAAUAUCAUUGUUGCCUUGGACUUACGUUUUUGUCUAGAAAUUUUUGUCUUACCACCUUUACACUAGUUAGUGACUAGUCUUAUUUUUCUAUAAAUAUAUAUAUAUAUGUUGUGUGUGGUUUAGGCUUAAAAUGGAUUAAAAGUCAACAAACCUCCAAAAGGUUAAGUAAAUUGCUGACUUAAUCCU